ACGGGGACAAGUUUUCCGUGAGCACAAGUGCAAAGGGUGAGCGGGUUGGAAGCGGUGGCAGCAGGCUGUUUGUUCGCUCUCCUGCCGCCCAUCCCUUGCCAAGGGGCUGCAGCGUUGGCCCAAGUGCCCGAGCAGCCAUGGAGUACAUCAGCACACGGGGCGGCACGGGGGCCGUUGACUUCGAGGGAGCCCUUUUCUCCGGCUACGCGCCCGACGGGGGCCUGUUCAUGCCCCAGAACAUCCCCUCGCUGGACAGGGACACCCUGCGGCGCUGGAGCAGCCUGUGCUACCGUGGGCUGGUCAAGGAGCUGUGCUCCCUCUUCAUCCCAGCCGACCUGGUCCCACGGAACACACUCAGUGACCUGAUCGACAGGGCCUUCAGCAGGUUCAGGCACGAGGAUGUUGUCCAUUUAUCCAGGCUGAAAGAUGGGCUGAAUGUUUUGGAGCUGUGGCACGGGGUUACUUUUGCGUUUAAGGAUCUGUCCUUGUCCUGCACAGGGCAGUUUUUGCAAUAUUUCUUGGAGAAAAAGCAGAAGCACAUCACUAUUCUGGUGGGGACUUCAGGGGACACAGGGAGCUCAGCCAUCGAGAGUGUGAGAGGGCAGAAGAACAUGGACAUCUUUGUUCUGCUGCCCAAGGGGCUCUGCACCCAGAUACAGGAACUUCAGAUGACCACUGUCAUUGAAGACAAUGUCCACGUCUUUGCUGCUCAUGGGAACAGCGAUGAAAUCGAUGAGCCCAUCAAGGAACUGUUCGCCGAUGACAAUUUUGCCAGAAAAUACAAUUUGAUGAGCUUGAAUUCCAUCAACUGGUCUAGGAUUAUGGUGCAGAUUGCUCACUACUUCUAUGCUUACUUUCAGUGUGCCCCAUCCCUGGAUACCACCCCGUUGCCAGUGGUGGAAAUUGUUGUGCCAACAGGAGGAGGAGGAAAUAUCACAGCUGGCUGUAUUGCCCAGAAAAUGGGUCUCCCGAUUCGAGUUGUUGCCGUGGUGAACAGCAAUGACAUCAUUCAUAGAACUGUCCAACAUGGAGAUUUCUCAGUGGCAGAGAAUGUGAAGGCUACAUUAGCAUCAGCCAUGGAUAUUCAGGAGCCUUACAAUGUGGAGAGGAUCCUGUGGCUGCUCUCAGGCUCUGACAGCAGCCUGAUUAAAACGCUGAUGGAGCAAUUCAGCGUAUCGAAAAGCCUAAAGCUGCCGGAGGAUUUGCACAGAAAGCUCUCCGAGACCCUGCGAUCCUGCUCAGCCUCCGACGAGGAUAUUGUUGGAGCCAUGCGGCGCUGCUGGGAGGAAAACCAGUACCUGCUGUGCCCCCACUCUGCCGUGGCUGCUCACUACCACUACUCUCAGCCAGACGGCAUUCCCCGGUGUUGCUUAGCUCCAGCCUCCGCAGCCAAAUUUCAGGAUGCCGUGCUCCGAGCUGGCCUGGUUCCCCAGAUUGUCCCUGAAAUCACUGCCCUAACAAAGAUGGAGACGAGGUCCACUCCCUUGGAGCGGGGACAGGACUGGGCACAGGUGCUCCGGGGGCGGAUUGGAGCUGUGGCACGGCAGUGGGAGGCAGGGGGGGGUCAGUUUGCACCCCUGGGGCAGCAGGGGAUCAGGGGGCAGGUAGUCACACAGACCUGAGGUACUGGGCACAGCUGGCCAAUGCCUCCCAGGGCUCAUUCUCCGUUCCCAGGAAAGCCCCAUGUUAUGGUGGGAGCCUCCGUGCAAUGAUUUAUUAGCAAGAACGCACUUCCCCAUUGAAGUAUAUGGACUAUUUCAUAAUAUUUUUAGUAAAGAGCUCUGCAAUUGUAUCCCCUUUGUCCUAAUAAUUCAUAAAAUCUGAUUGAAACUCUG